AUGGAAAAACUAACUGGAACUACAUUAGAUGUUAUUUUAAAAGAACAAUCACUUGAUGAACUUCAAAUUAGAAACAUAAUGCUUUAAGUAUUAAAUGCAUUAGCUUUUUUACAUCGUAAAGGAAUCAUUCAUAGAGAUCUAAAACCUGGUAUUUUGUAAUAUGAAAUUUAGAGAAUAUCUUUAUAUCUAAUGGAAAUCACGUUAAAUUGAUUGAUCUAGGAUUAGGAUAUCAAAUAGUUUGUAGAGGUGUAAUAGGUUAACAAGUUGGAACUCCAUAUUAUAUUGCACCUGAACUCAUUAAUGGUUGUGAAUAAACGCAAGUAUUUAUUCAUAAUAAAAUAUAAGGCACUUGAUAUAUUUUCUCUUGGAAUUAUAUUCUAUCAAAUGUUGUGUAAUAAUAAACAUCCUAUUUGGACUGAGGGAUUAACUAAAAAAGAUUAUUAUAAUACUCUAUCUCGUGAAUUUCAUAUUAAUUAUCCUUCGGAUCUUUCUGAGUAUAUAUAUGAUUUAAUAAUUUUUUAUAGAAUGGCUUAGGAUUUCAUUAAGAAUACUAUUACUCAUAGUCCAAUUGAUAGAAUGACAGCUGAACAAUGUUUGGAACAUCCAUGGUUAUUAGGAGAAGAUAGAAAAUCUCAUCCAAUUACCAAUAAAGAAAUCAUUUAAAGAUAUAAUUUUAUUUAAAAGUUUCAACUCGUAAAUAAUCAUUUAAUCUAUUAGAUAGUAAAGGCAUUGCAAAUGAUAAAAAUCUUCAAAUAAUAAUGUCAUGAAUAAAUGUAUUAUCUAAAAUCUUAGAAUUCUGAUGAAAUAAAUGAGAUCUUCUUUCAUGAUGAUGCUCCAAAAACAUAAAGAGUCUAUACAGAUACACAUAUCAAUAUUCGUCAUUAGAAAACUUACUACAAACCUUAGAGUUUGAAGACUAUUCAAUUAACAAAGGUGACAUCAUCAUAAGAUCUUGUAUCAACAAAAAAUAAAAUUCUUAAUUCUAAUCGUUGUUACAGUAAUAAUAAUGAUAUUAAAUAAUAUUCUAGAUUUUACAUCCAGAUAUAAAACAUCUUUAGAUAUACAAUUACCAAAAGUUAAUAGUUAGAAGAGAAUUCAUUUAUAAUUACCUUCCAUUUCUCCUUAUUAAACAAGAUAAUCUAGCUUUGUAUUUAGAUAGUCAUGA